GUUCCGGCGCACGCGCCGUUCUCGUGGCUCCUCUCGGUGCUGGUGCUGGAGCCCGGCUCGGGUUGAAGUAGCUAUGGAUUCUUUGGAUCGAGUUGUAAAACCCAAAACAAAAAGAGCCAAGCGAUUCCUUGAGAAGAGAGAACCCAAGCUGAGUGAAAAUAUUAAAAAUGCCAUGCUGAUUAAAGGGGGAAAUGCCAAUGCCAUAGUGACACAAGUUCUCAAAGACAUGUAUGCACUGAAAAAACCAUAUGGCGUUCUAUAUAAAAAGAAAAACAUUACAAGACCAUUUGAGGAUCAGACAUCACUGGAGUUCUUUUCAAAGAAGUCAGAUUGUUCUCUGUUCAUGUUUGGCUCCCAUAAUAAGAAGCGGCCAAAUAAUCUGGUAAUAGGUCGUAUGUAUGACUACCAUGUACUGGAUAUGAUUGAAUUAGGUGUUGAAAAGUUUGUGUCUCUAAAGGAUAUUAAGAACAGUAAAUGUCCUGAGGGAACAAAACCCUUGUUAGUAUUUGCUGGCGAUGAUUUUGAUCUAAGAGAAGACUAUCGGAGACUAAAAAAUCUUCUUAUUGAUUUUUUCAGAGGCCCCACAGUGUCAAAUAUCCGUCUGGCUGGAUUAGAGUAUAUUUUGCACUUCACUGCACUGAAUGGGAAGAUUUACUUUCGAAGUUAUAAGCUGCUAUUGAAGAAGUCUGGCUGCAGAACACCACGGAUUGAGUUGGAAGAGAUGGGGCCGUUGUUGGAUUUGGUUCUGAGAAGGACCCACCUGGCCUCAGACGAUCUUUAUAAACUGUCUAUGAAAAUUCCAAAAGCUCUCAAGCCAAAGAAGAGGAAAAAUAUCUCUCAAGAUACUUUUGGUACAACUUAUGGAAGGAUACACAUGCAGAAACAAGACCUAGGCAAACUACAAACCAGGAAAAUGAAGGGAUUGAAGAAGCGACCUGCAGAAAAGAUAACAGAAGACAAGGAGAUAAACCCCAAGAAAAUUAAAAAAAGUUAAUAGAACUUAGCCAAAAGUCCAGUUUUAUUGUGGUGUAUUUACUUAAGAAAUUUGUCAAGCUCAGACCAUUCAGUUUCUUAAAUGAUUUUAUUGUAUAUUUUUAUAACAUAAGUUGCUAUGUAUAUUUGAGCUACUUUUAUAAUUUCUUUUAAAAAUUACGUAGUUGUACAAGAGAUUACAGUUCUAUAAGUCAGUUAUGAGUACAGUGCAUCUUGAUCAUUCAUAUUUUAUGACUGGUAAUAUACUGAUACUUUGCUUAAAGUAAGCCCUUUCUUUGUGCUGUUAGAUUUGGUUAUGCUGGUUUUUAUCUGAUGUGUUAUUCUCAUUCUCCAAAAACCUCUUUUCUUAGGGUGGGUGAAUGAAUGAGCGAGGUGGAACUGAGGCAGAAGUAUCACAAGUUUCAGGCUAGCUUAAGCUGGGUCAUGACAUCUGCCAAAACAAAA